GAAUUUAUGGAUUAGUUGUCAUUGCUUGACAAGACUCUCGGCGACAAGCUUCGAGAUUGAAUUCGCAGCUCUGUGGUUUAUGAAGCGAUACUACUGAUUGUCAUCGUCGACAGUUGGCAUAGAGAAAAUGCGCUGUUAUCACUUGUUCGGGACUAAAAACCCUAAACCAUGACGACAUUGAGUUAGAGUGGUCACUCUUGAGUUGUCUAUUCGACGAUUACGGUGCUUGUGUGUUGUGCAAUUGCCACGUGAAUUAGCGUGUGAAACAGAAUUUCGUCCUCGACCGUCUCGAAGAUUGAAGGAUAAAUGCUUCCCCUACUACGUAAUCUCAUCGGACCUUCUUUUGUGUUUUUGGAUUUCUGUAGAUUCUGGCGUAUCAAAGCAAAUUUUCUCGGCAGCAUGAUAUCAUUGCCUACAUUUUGUCCAAGUCCACUGAUGCUCAGCUGAACACGCAUCUGAUGUUCACCUAAUGUGAGCUCUCAUAACACUUAAUGAUAAAGGUCGAUUUAUUUUUGCGGAAAGUCCCGUUUCCGUGAGCUUAUUUUCUCGUGCUGAGCCGAGAGUUGUAAGCUGGGAGAUGCAAUCGCCAUAACCAGGACUUCUGUUGGACAUGGCCUUGAUGUUCACCUUACCUCUGUUACUUUUUGACGCACCUACGGCGAGAGAGUUGAGCAAUACAACCAGGGGACAUUGCAAUAUUUCAGGGUGCACCUAUCAGGGCCGACGUAGGAGCAGAUCAUUGCAUAGUUAUCAAACCAGAGAAUGGAAUAGCCCGACCUGGUUUGCAUGCAGUGGUCAUAGAUUCAAUAUUCACAGGGUAGCGAUAGAUAUCGUUCUCAAGCAUGCUAAUGCUUAUGUACGGUUGGGUCAAGGUCUUCAUCUUGUAGUAGGAUCAUGUGAUGGCGAUGGGGACAAAGCAGGCGAGCUAGUUCAAACCGAAGAUGACGAGAGUGAUAGAUAUCGAAAUGAUUUGACUUGGGAUCCAUACUUGGGAGAAGUCACUAUUAGUGAGAAAGUCGAAGAACCUUCUCAGUAUGUGCCGCCCCCACCCGUUUCAGCAGAAGAUGUCUGUGUACGAGAAAAAGUCGAGUCCAUACUGUACACUCUUGAAAAAAUACUACCAGGUCAAUUGAACAAUGAUAAAGCAGAUGUUCUCUGUUCCAUGCUAAGCGAUGCGGUGGAGGUCCAGAACCCUGCUGCCUGCUUUUGUGGACGCAAUAAGUGCUCUGAGUGGCUUCGAGCUCUCAUUCAGGUUCAGGCAUCAGUCAACUUGCAUGAAAUUUAUUAUGAAAAUGAUGUGGAAUUUCCUGAUAAGCGUUGGAUCUAUGCAGUAUGGACAGUGAGUUUUUUGGAGCCUGUACACAUUACUGCAAGCAACCUCAUUGACAAUAUGAGUGAAUCAGAGCCAAUCCAACUAUCUGGGGAAACUGUGUUUGCAAUGGAGAGAUCGGGUCUAGUCUCACGCAUUAGCUCGACAUGGUAUGUUUUACUAGAAGAUGACUGGGUGCAAUUUUCUAAAGCCAAGACUUCACUACAGAAUCUACUUUUAAGAACCUUCUAGUUAUCAAAUUGCCCCCCUAAGUACAUUCUUACUAGGAUCCACGUUGUCUUGUAUGUAAAAAUUGCUUCCUUCCACCUCGCAUGAGAACUGGAGCGCAUAGAUGUUAAUUCUGUACUGUUCUUCAAUCGUGCAUGAGAUGAUUGAAAUAGUGUCACCUAUCAGCUCGGCCUAUUGUGUUGAAUGUUUCAGUCCGGAAACAAUUUUUUCCCAGAAUGGAUUGAAGGGCUUGUUACGAGGAGUACCUUGGAAAUUUUCAACGAUCUA